UGAAAGUCCACACCCUUAUGUCACAAGUCUUUGGCUUGGGUUCAAGUUCGUCUUGCGCUGCUGAAGCGCCACUGAAGGAUUAAGCAUCUACCAAUUUAAGAAUUCUCACGAUACAAACUUCCCGAACAAAUCAACUGCAGCGAUCAUCAACAACUGCACUGCGCGUUACAUACGAGUGAUUAUUGCCUGCCACACAGUUCGCCUGUUUCUUCGCCAACCUGAGCUUGAGAAAUCAACGUUCUAUCUCCAGAUCUCAGCCAGGUAGCAAGCAAGCAGUGGAAACUGAGGCACUUAAUGACGCAUCGGAAAAAUUUCCCACAGCAAAUCCCAUACUGUGGGAGCCAACUCACACGGAACAGCAAUAUAAAAUCGUGAACAUCGAAAGCUACAUGUGAUUUGUCGUCAAGAUGCUCUUCGCCUGGGUGAAAAUCUGCAUUGCCCUUGUUCUCGCAAGAUCAAAUAUGGCAUUCAGCAUGUCCGCUUAUGAGGAAGUGGAGCCUUGGGAAUAUUCCACGUUCGAUGAGACCGACAGAGAUUAUCCACAACAGAGCUUGCUGACGCACAAGCGGGCUCCAGCGCCGGGCAUGUGGCGGACUGCGAAAAGGUAA